UUUUUCUUCUUUUUUCUGUAUUCCCUUGCGCCAGUCUAUCAGCCCUCCACCCACCGCCGCAGUAUCCGUUCCUGGGAAAGUGUCGCUUACAAGCACCCGCCUCAUCUAUCAAUUUCAACACGGCUAAACAAUUGGGCCCCAAUUCUCCCUUGUUCCUACUAGUCGGGCUUGUCGCCGGCCUGCUAUUCGAUUGGCCUUGACCCUUGUGAUUGCGGUUUACCGCCCCGCGUGUCGCGUCCCUAUAUCGAUAUACUGCUCCGCCGUCGUAAAACUUCUCUCCGAGUGUUCACAGUUUAGCCCGAAUAAGACCGCGCUAGGCUGAAGCCCUAUAUACGAUUCUUUGCGCUGUUGCCGUUCUGUUCAGUUUCGAGCCGCGUCGCGCCGUCCAAGUUCCCCGCUAGAGCUCAGCCUUGGCCGGAAAGACCAUUUGAAGGACGCUCCUGACUAGGUAUCAGAUUUCACUGCCUUUCUACGCAUCUUCAACAAACGAGUUACGGAUAGAAAAAAGCAGCCUUGCUCUCAAUCAGCCAGACAUUACCAUAUUGUCUGCCAUGAGUCCCCAAGGCAUGACGACCCGCAAAAGACCUGCUCCCGGUACUUCUCCUGUCGUCCAUCCACAGCUUGGCCCGAUCUCUAGCUACCCUCAAAACUCUGGCGCUCAACUCUCAAACGACCAGUUCUUGCAAUGGGGCCAAAAUCCUUCCUCGAAUGUCGUCAACCCACCCUCCUUUCCAGAUACGAACUCAUACGGCGCUACAGCCUAUACUUCGAGUCAAGAUGCGCCAGCAACUACGGCCACUGCAUCGACACAGCUCACACGUAGGCAAACACCAAACCAGUUGGUUAGCCGGAAUCGCGGAUACGAACAGACGCCAACCCCGUUCUCUGACCAAGGGAGUAAUGCUGGAGAAAAUGGGGUUUGGGGGGAGAGUUUGGAUGAGCUCUAUCAACGAGCACUGGUUGCGAAGAGGGAGGUACAGGCAAAGAGGAAACAAAUCCCUCCAUUUGUCCAGAAGCUAAGCAGUUUUCUGGAUGAAUCGAAAAAUACGGAUUUGAUUCGGUGGUCCGAUGAUGGAAACUCCUUUAUCGUAUUGGAUGAGGAUGAGUUUGCAAAGACUCUGAUCCCGGAACUUUUUAAGCAUAACAAUUACGCUUCCUUUGUCCGCCAGCUGAACAUGUACGGAUUUCAUAAAAAGGUAGGGCUUUCGGAUAAUUCGAUGCGCGCGAGCGAAAGGAAGAAUAAGAGCCCUAGCGAGUAUGCAAACCCGUACUUUAAACGUGGCCAUCCUGAGUUACUCUGGUUGAUACAAAAGCCCAAGAAUACACCAGGACAAGGAAGCAAGUCAGGGAAGAUCAAUGUGCGCGUGAAAACCGAAGACGUGGAUGAACAUGACAAUGAUGACUAUGAUGAUGGUUCCGGAGCACGAGACGACCGAUCCCGGAGUCGACAGCUAUCUUUAGUUCAGGGGAGCGUUAUGCCGAAGGAUCAGCUUGCGGGGGUAUACCGGGAAUUGCAGGCCAUUCGCCAACAACAACAAGUCAUCUCCAACACAAUUACCAAACUACGGAGAGAACACGAGCAACUCUAUGCACAGGCCGCCAAUUUCCAGGAACAGCACACACGCCAUGAGAAUUCCAUCAAUGCGAUCCUCACUUUCCUUGCCACUGUAUACAAUCGCAGUCUUCAGGGACCGGAAGGGCCUCAAAACCUCGUCAACUCUUUUGCUGGGGCGAUAUCACAGGACCAAGCUAACGUAGUCGACAUGGGAGACGACUAUUCGCUGAGCACCUUAGGUGCUCCACAUAUCAAUAGCCCCGGCGGACCGCGAACUAUGAAGAAACAGCCGCUGCUUUUGAAAGCCGCACCGUCGGAGCGUCAAAGUCGCGCGGCAACCCUCUCACCAGCCACUACAGCGUUCGAUGGCUCACAAUCGCGGGGCCAUGCUCGCCACCCGAGUGCUCCUCAGUCCGGUCAUGUUGAGGAGGUCUUCGAUAGCAGUCCUCGGCCGAAAGAGGCACAGCCGCCUCCAACUCAGCAGUUCCCUCAGCGGGACAUCAUGUCCGUUAUUCAAAAUUCUAAUGCACGCAAUGGGGUCCCCACGAGCUUUGCCGACUUCCCUAACGUUCUGUCGUCGCUGGAAACAUCCAACGGCAACGUUCCGCUUACUCCAAACCAGCGCGCGGAUAUGCUCCGUCUCAUGGCCAACGAAACCAGUCCGGGCGACUCCAACGUGCCCGUGUCCCAGAAUAACGCUCUGAUGACGCCCACGCCACCGCCAAUGCCGCUCGGCUAUUCCAAUCGCCUUGCCAACACCCGCGCGGAGAUUGACAACCUCGUCAAAAUGCAGGCUGAACAGGACCGUUCGGUUCAGAACUUGACCAACCUCCUACAGCCGCUUAGCCCAACAGGCACAAUCCCCGGCAUGGUAACAGGUGAUGGAAGUGUUCACCCUCCCCCAUUGGACCUCGAUCAGAUCUUCAAUAACGACUACUUUACCGAUAUUGCGGAUCUCGAGAAUAAUAAGAAUAAUUUGGACUUCGGAAAUACGGCGACUUCGGUGCCAGCUCCUGUAGCGAGUGAGCCUGUCACCACGGAUGCAGAGGAUAGUGUAAUCAAAGAUGGGAACGAUCUGUUUGAUUUUGACCAUAUUCCCGAUAACGGCGACCUUUUCGACGGGCCAGAACAGCAGCAGAACCCUGGUUUCUAUAACGGCUACGAUGGCAGUGGCUUUAAUAGCACGAUAAAUCCGAAUUCCGGCGCAGCAGACACACAGUUUCCUCCUGGCCGAAUCAUCGAGACUCUCACCGAUAGCGAAGCGACCAGUCCUAGUAACACCGUGGACGAGCCUACACAAUAUGGCGGCCCUCAUGGGGGUAAAGAUUUUCAGGGAGGUAAGGGAAACGGUAGUAGCGCGAAGAGACGCAAGAAGGCUUGAUAUUGUUAAUAUACUCUACUAACGGGGUUGUGCGUCGGCAAAUAAGAAAGGGAAACGACACUCAAGAAGCAAAAAACGUGAAAAAUGCAGCAAGCUGGUGGAGUUACGAAUUCAAACCGCUAUCAAUUUCCUUUGUUCCGUUCUCGUCAUCCACUCGGAGCGAAUAAACGAGGCAUCACCGGGUCAAAAAGGUACAAAUCGAGUCCCGUUUAAUUAUUCACCCCUCCAUCGUCUGGUCAAGCAAUUCGGUCCUAAUGCAACAAGAUCAACUGAUCAUAUAUAUCGGUUGGUCCCAAUUACGACAACGCGAGCGACUGACCAACAUUUCUUACGAAUACACAAAGCUUACGACAUGUUGCCUUUUCGAUAAGAGUGGUAUUUCUCGCAACCCCGCUGUCUUGGCAUCAAAACCCUUUGGCCUUUAAAAGUGUCCCGGUCUUUCAUUUUAUA